UAAGAUCUGACCUCAUCAUUCUGUCAGAAUGGAUUCCCACCUAUACAGUUAGGAAGAGCUUCGCAGAAGUGUUCACGACACACAGGAAGCAAGCGGAAAGGAAAGAAGACACAUCAGCUUGCGUGUGGGGGUUUGUUUGUGUUUUUUUGGAUUAAGAGAAGACACUGAAACAGAAGAGAGAAACAGACUCCAUUUCCUUUCUGGAACAACAGGAUCUGUGUCUGCUUGUGUGUUUCUCUCUCCCUCUUUUGCCUGACCUGCAAAGAUGUCCGUGUCUGGAAAGAAGGAAUUUGAUGUGAAACAAAUCUUGAGGCUUCGCUGGAGGUGGUUCAGUCACCCUUCGCAGAGUUCCACAGGCACCGGAGGUUGUCUACAGCAGGAAGGAUAUGAGCAUAGAGGCACGCCGGUUCAGAACAGGCUGAAGAGCCACUCGCGGGACAGAAAUGGGCUGAAGAAAAACAACAGCCCCAUCCAUCACAACAUCUUGGUGCCGGUGCCCGGCCCGACCCCGGUGCACCACCGACCGAUUCAAACCUGGCACGAACAAAGCCUCAUUGAACAUCUGCAGGCAACUGAGCACAUGCCUGAAGCUGGCACCGAGGAGAACUGUGAAAAAGACCAGUCACACAAACACACACAGGAACUGCAGAUGAUCACAGACAACCACAAUAAUGAGUCCGUCGAGAGGGUGUCGAUAAGUAGUAGCUCACCUUCUUCGGGAGUGAACAACAAUGGAUCAGAUGAAUAUUUCCAUUCUGUAAAUCAUGCAGAGCAGACAUUCCGUAAGAUGGAGAAUUAUCUCCAGCAGAAGCAACUCUGCGAUGUGCUCCUCAUUGCCGGAGAUCACAGGAUUCCUGCUCACAGGCUAGUUCUGAGCGCCGCGUCUGACUAUUUUGCUGCAAUGUUCACCAGUGAUGUCCGCGAAGCAAAAGAAGAGGAAAUCAAAAUGGAAGGAGUGGAUCCUGGUGCAUUGCAAGCCCUCGUUCACUACGCCUACACUGGUGUCUUGGAACUCAAGGAAGACAACAUUGAGAGUUUGCUGGCUGCAGCUUGCCUUCUUCAGCUUUCGCAAGUGAUUGAUGUAUGUUGCAACUUUCUCAUGAAGCAGCUUCACCCUUCAAACUGCUUAGGGAUCCGGUCCUUUGGAGAUGCCCAGGGAUGCACUGAACUCUUGCGAGUGGCACAUAUGUAUACCAUGGAACAUUUCACUGAAGUAAUAAAGAAUCAGGAAUUUCUCUUGCUGCCAGCCAGCGAAAUCGCUAAACUCUUGUCCAGUGAUGACAUCAACGUUCCCGAUGAAGAAGCCAUAUUCAAGGCCUUAAUGAUGUGGGUUCGGCACGACUUGCAGAACAGGCAGCGAGAGCUUGGGACGCUUCUCUCCUAUAUCAGAUUGCCCCUGCUCUCCCCACAGCUACUAGCAGAUCUAGAGAACAGUCCCAUGUUUACCAAUGACUUGGAGUGCCAAAAACUUCUCAUGGAAGCCAUGAAAUAUCACCUCCUACCAGAGAGGCGGUCUAUGAUGCAGAGCCCCCGUACCAAGCCGAGGAAAUCCACGGUGGGCUCCCUUUAUGCCGUGGGGGGCAUGGAUGCUACCAAAGGGACGACAACAAUUGAGAAAUACGACUUGAGGACAAACAGCUGGAUACAAAUUGGGACUAUGAAUGGGAGGCGGCUACAGUUUGGGGUGGCUGUGAUUGACAACAAGCUCUACAUUGUGGGUGGGAGAGACGGCUUGAAAACAUCAAAUACCGUGGAAUGUUUCAAUCCAGUUACCAAAGCCUGGAUUGUGAUGCCUCCUAUGUCAACUCACAGGCACGGCUUGGGGGUAGCAAUGCUUGAAGGGCCAAUGUAUGCUGUUGGUGGUCAUGAUGGGUGGAGCUACCUCAACACGGUUGAAAGAUGGGACCCUCAGGCACGGCAGUGGAACUACGUCGCCAGCAUGGCAACUCCUCGGAGCACAGUGGGGGUUGCAGCACUGAACAACAAGUUGUACGCAGUCGGAGGGCGAGAUGGCAGCUCUUGCCUGAAAUCCAUGGAGUGUUUUGAUCCUCACACCAACAAAUGGAGCUUGUGCGCAUCAAUGUCAAAGCGGAGAGGAGGAGUUGGUGUCGCAACCUACAAUGGGUUCCUGUAUGCUGUGGGCGGCCAUGAUGCUCCUGCAUCAAAUCACUGUUCUCGGCUAUCUGAUUGUGUAGAAAGAUAUGAUCCCAAAACAGAUACUUGGACGACUGUAGCGCCUUUGAGUGUGCCUCGUGAUGCUGUGGGAAUCUGUCCUCUUGGAGACAGAUUAUAUGCAGUGGGAGGCUAUGAUGGACACACGUACCUGGACACAGUAGAAUCAUAUGAUGCCCAAAACAAUGAAUGGACAGAGGAGGUUCCAGUCAACAUAGGAAGAGCCGGAGCAUGUGUUGUAGUUGUAAAGUUACCGUGAUGGACAUAAUGAGAUGUGAAACAACAUGUCAGCCCAGCUCCAAAAAGCAGCAUGGCAGAAGAAUGAUGAGACAUGUUUUUGGACACAGUGUCAGCAGCCUCCAUUACUGAAGGGAAGACAAAAGGAUGAGCCAGCAUGGAGUUGAGCAUGACUAAUUAACUGAUCUGCAUUCCAAAGACAAACUCGGUCCAUGCUUCCUUGUCAUGGUGAAGCUAACCUCAAUUCACAGAGAAGAACUGGGUAUUCACUCAGUAACUCAGUCUCAAGGGAAGCCAGACUGUGCGGGCAAAAGAAACAUGCCCACAUUUGCAUUUUAUUGAUUAUGUUGUGCAAUUAACUCAUUUGCUUGCUACUACAUAUGGGAAGAAGAGCCACAGGGAACCCUUAAGACCCAUCCAUUCCAUAAUGACUGGAAAUCCUUUCCCUGCUCCUCCCUGGAUAUCCAGAGACAGUGGCCACAUAUUUCCAAGAAUGAAAAAUGUAGCAGAACUGAUUGUACCCUUCACUAUAGCACAUGACAAAAUCAGGGGUUCUGAUUUCAGCCAUGGGGUGGGGUGGGGGGCAUUGGUAAAACUUUGAGAUCUUCUAGUGAAAUGAAAACCCUUCAGAGGGUGCCGGUUCUAAAAGUGAAGAAAGAGCCUCAUGGCAUAAAAGAUAAAACAGUGUGUAGCUCAUCAGCAUAGGCAGAAAUUCAGACGUAUUUACUUAUGUAGCUGCAUUGUUAACUGCAUUGCUAAUUGGCAAAUGACUUCAAGGACUAAUGUCCUUCAACCUCUUAAACCCAUAUUGAAGUCCAGCUUACAAGCACAGGGCAUUUGGGUUUUUUUUAAUAUAUAUUUUUGAUCUGUACUGAAUGUGAACCUGUCCUCCUCUCUGUCUCUCCCAUGUUGUGACCUCACCAUGGGGCCUGCAGAUCUCCUGGAAUGAUUACUGAUCUCCAGAUUACAGAGAUCUGUUCUCCUAGCAGCCGUUGAGGGUGGAUUCUAUGACAUCACAUCCCUGCCAAGCACUGUCCCCAGGCUCCAAAUCUCUAGGAAUUUCCCAACAUGGAGUUGGCAGCCCUAGGUCAGCUGGUCUUGAAAACUACCAAUCCAAGGCCAAUGUAUUAUGAUCCAAUAGCAGAGGCAUCCUGCUCUGUGGAAAAAAAAAACAUAAGCACCAAAAAAAGGUUUCACUCCUCCUCCUGCAUUGGCUGAGCAUCUAAGGGUUGCCUGUAGUUCCCUCACCUGCCAUGCAGACUGGUGGAGGUGCUGUGGGUCCUGGAGGGACCAAUCCUCUGAAAAACCAUAUUUAAUUUUCUGAACGGAUCAGAACAAAUUAAAAACACCCAAUCAGAUCUUUGAAGAACAAAUUCCAUUCUGAAAAGCUCCUUGGAUGUAUUGGUAUUGUGCUUAGUUCAAAUUUAAGAAAAGGUAGCAGCCUCCUGAUGCAGUUGGUUGAGCAUGAUCCACCUAGGUGCUCCUCCCAUCUCAAAUCAAUCAAUAUUGACCACCUUCAGAAUUUGUAUUGCAUGAUGUUUGCUCCUGUAACACAGAAGCCCAGUUAUUGUGGACCUUAAGUCAUCAGAAACUUUGGCAUUCCCUUGGGACGGCAAUGUCUAUGGGAAACUUGCAACGGAAUGCCUUGGAUCAAUCCAAGGAGCAGCAUGCCCACAAUUCAAAGGUGCAUGCACAACCAGAAGGGCUUUCUGCACCACAGCCAAAAGAGCCAGCCAAUUGUUCACCUUAAAGUAGAGCACAAUUUGCUUCAUUAGCUGUAAUGCAGAAAGCAUUGUGGUGUCUGUCUCUGUGCCACCUGAGAUAUAAAUACAAUUUAUGACAAAGGGACAGAUGAAGACUCCAAAGGAGAAGAGGAAGAUCUGGAGCCCAGUGGCAGAGUUCAUGCUUUUCAUCCAGAAGGUCUCAGGGUUCAAUGCUUGGUAUCUCCAAAAACUGAGGUAGCAGAUGCUGGGAAAGAAGGCUGCUUGAGACCUUGAAAACCAAUGCCUGUCAGAGCAGAGACUAUCAGACCAGAUAAUCAGUCAAAGUCUUUUAAAAAUGCUUCUGACUGAGAAACUCAAGCUGAUAGGCAGGCCAACCUCCUCUAGUGUAUCAACGCCAUAAAGUUGUUUCCUGCUUCAUGAUACUUGAGGCAUAAGAAUUGUCCUGCUGAAUCACACCAAAGGUUUAUCUAGCACAGCUUCACUUCCCAACAAUGACCUUCCAGAUGUACACAAGCAAAACAUGAUGGUUGGUGGACUUCUUUUUGGGAUGUGUCCAGCAGCUGGCUUUUGAUAUACUGAUUUUGCACAGAGCAUUCAUCUAGUUCUCAGAGCCUGUGGUAUGUCUGUCCUGAGCAUGUUUCUCCCAGUGUUUACAGCCAUGUCAGUACAUAUUGUCAAGUUGCCCUGUGACAUUGAGCAGGUAAGGAGAAUGAUGGCCAUGGUGCCAAGGAUAGAUGGUGCCAUCCAAAAUGUGCACAAUGACAAUACCAGUGGGAAGCAAAUCUAUCUGUUGGGUCAACUAGAAUGGCUUAGUGUGCCACCUUGUCAAGAAUGGAAAUUUAAAAGAAUAUUGGAAAUCCAGUAAUCAAUGUAACCAUGUAACCAUGUUGCCUUUUUUGAUUACAAAAGGAGCUAUAUAGUUUAGUACAUUGUCUCCUUGACAAAAUAUCUCUAAGAGCCAGAAUGGUGUAGUGGUCAACAGUGGUGGAUUCUAAUCUGGAGAACUGGGUUUUAUCCCUGCUCCUCCACACGUGGUGGACUCUAAUCUGGAGAACUGGGUUUCAUCCCUGC